GAGGAAGGAGGGAAGGACCCAAGGAAGGAAGGAGAGAGCGGAGGAGGAGCGGACAGGGCCGUGGAGGAGGAGCGGACAGGCCGGUGGACGUGGCGGCUCCGGCGGACUACAACAGCGGGCAGAGGCGCCAUGAACCGGAGGAACACCAGGCUCCGGUGCUGACCUCAGGCUGUUGGAUUGACCUUUGACCUUCAGGCUCUGCCCCCUCACAGUUUCUCUGAUGGCUGACCUGGACACAGACCUGCUCUCGGGCCCGCCUCCCCUGGACGCCCUGCUGACCUCUGACCCCUCGCCCACGCUGAGCUCGCUGGCGCUGCUCUCGUGUGUAAAGUCCGAGCCGGAGGAGCUGGAGCUGGACUCGACCGUGGACCUGUCGUCCAUCCAGCCCCUGUCCACUGCUGACCUGGCCCACGAGCAAAUCAGAAUGGAGAUCAGUGGACUGGACUACAUCAAGUCUGAGCAUCAUGAGUUCAAGUCCCACUACGAGACCGGCUCCGUGUACGACUACAUCUCACAGGUGUCAGACUCCCUGGACUACCUGAAGGCGGAGCAGGUAGACCUCCAGUGUUACUACGCCGAGCUGAGGUCGGAUUAUUCUGAACCGAGUUUGGAGUCGAUCCACAUGGCGGAGCUGAGGUCUGAACUGCACAAGCUCCGCCCCGAUGCACUGCUGCUCGACGGCCUCAAGGUGGAGCCAGAGUGUAGCUCCGAGGCCAGUUUGUAUGAACUACAACCUCCGAACAAGAACCAGGGGGAGAGCAGCCGCGCAGGGAAGAGCGCCACCACCAGGAAGCCCCGCAACAUGCAGGGGGAGAAGCCUUUCUCGUGCACUCAGUGUGGGAAAAACUUCAGCACGUUGGGGAACCUGAAAACUCACCAGAGGAUCCACUCGGGCGAGCGUCCGUAUUGCUGUUCCCAGUGUGGAAAGAGCUUCGGCCAGGCGGGCAACCUGAAGAGACACCAGCUCAUUCACACGGGGCAGAAGCCCUACGUCUGCGCCCACUGCCCCAAAGGCUUCACCAAAGCCGACGACCUCCGCUCCCACCAGCGCCUCCACACCGGAGAGAGACCCUUCCUCUGCUCCACCUGCGGGAAGAGCUUCGGCCAAUCCAAAGAGCUGAAGGCUCACCAGCUCAGCCACACGGGUGAGCGUCCCUACUGCUGCGCCCACUGCGGCAAGAGCUUCACCAAGGAGACCAGCUACCGUAACCACGUCCACAUCCACACGGGAGAGAGGCCUUACGCCUGUUCGCAGUGUGGCAAGUCUUUCAGCAAUGCCGCCGUGCUCAAGACGCACGAGAAGAUCCACUCCGGUGAGCGCCCGUUUGGCUGCACCCAGUGCGGCAAGAGCUUCGGUCGCCUGGGGCACCUCAAAGCUCACCAGCAGAUCCACACGGGAGAGAGGCCCUAUGCCUGUCCUCAGUGUGGCAAGACGUUCAGCCAGAGCGGGCAUCUGCGCGCCCACGAGCAAAUCCACAAGAGGGGCACGGCGGGCAGCGACAGCAGCUAGACUCUAACACUGUCAUACUCAUUUAGUAUACGGACAUGAGCGGCCACUCACAGGGUCACAGGGUCAGAUGUCAUCUGAACCGGGGCCAGAGGGUCACAGGUCAUCUGAACCACAGCCAAAGGGUCAGAGGUCAUCUGAACCACAGCCAAAGGGUCAGAGGCCAUCUGAACCAGGGCCAAAGGGUCAGAGGUCAUCUGAACCAGGGCCAAAGGGGCAGAGGUCAUCUGAACCAAGGCCAGAGGGUCAGAGGUCAUCUGAACCAGGGCCAGAGGGUCACAGGUCAUCUGAACCAGGGCCAGGGGUCAGAGGUCAUCUGAUACAGAGGGUGAACUAAGCCAGCACAACCUAACCCAGACUCACUUCUCAAACCUUCAGGACAGACAGGGUCUUUGUUUCAGUGUUUACAGUUUUACCGUGGAAUCACGGUGACGCCUCAACAGCUUUAACCAGGACACAGACUUACCUCAGAGCGCCUGCAGGGGAUGCUGUCUGACAGCAGGGGGCAGCAGACUGAGUACAAAAACUCCUGUAGGAGCCAGGAUUGAACCAUUGACCUUCAGGUUAGAGGGUGAACACUCUCCCGCUAAGCCACUGCCGUUCUAAGAGCAAAGAAAACCGUAAUAAUGUGCUUUUGUUUUAAAAAACACAAUUUGGCUUAAUCAGCUCCACUAUUUUUAAAAAGAUGGAGAUUUGUGAUUUCUGUUUGAAAAACAGCUUCACAUCUGAGAGAGUGAAAUUUGGCAAAAUAACACUCAAAGGAGAGAUGCCGAAAUCCCACGGAACCUCCAUCUGAGCAUCUGCUGGGACCUCCACUGAGAUCUCCACCGCAACCUCCGACCGGACCUCCACAUGCAGCGUGAGCCCGGAGUCUCAGAUCUGAUCCGGGACAUUAACCCUUUGAGGACAAAAUGUGCCUGGACCGGUGAGUUCUUUGGACGUCCCAUCAUGCCCUCUGCUUUACCCAUGAUGCCCUCUGUUUUACCCUUGAUGCCCUCUAGUUUACCCAUGAUGCCCUCUGUUUUGCCCAUGAUGCCCUGCUCCCUGUGAGUGGCGCAGUAUUAUUCUUCUCUUUUGUAUUUUGAGUAUAUCCUGUUUUUAUCUUGGGGCCCUCAGUAUCUCCAGGGCCAGACUUAUGCAAGUGUUUGUGUCGUGUCGUCUAAGAACUUUCAACUGAGCACAACCAGCAGGGGGCGCUGUUACACCUCACACCAGGACCAGCAGGGGGCGCUGUUACACCUCACACCAGGACCAGCAGGGGGCGCUGUUACACCAGGACCAGCACUUUUACAGAUUUAUUUGAGUUUUAUUUUUGUAUUUUUCUACAGUUCCUCCAGAAUCAUGUUAAACUGGUCUGUUCUAAUCCAGAGGCUCUUCGAUCAUGAAAGAAACGAGAUGAGAAGAGUAUCAUCUCUGUGUGUUACAAUACUGCAGACUAAAACCAGGUCUGAACCAGAGAAAUAAUACGUCCACGUUUGGUUUGGUGAGGCCCCUUGAGUCAUGGUUAAAAAAAUACACGUGGGAUUUGCCAGCGUUGCGUAGUAAUUUUGGUACAAAUGAAAAAAAAAUGGGCUGCUCACUAUUGUGAUGUGCAGCUAUCCAUAGGGGGCGCUGACAGCAUGCAGCGCUUUGUUGUGAUGAGUAAGCACUGGGCUGAUUUAAAGCUACACUGUGGAUUCUUCAGGCAUCUAAUCAGCCCAAACUAAAUAUUGGCCUCUAUGAGAUUUAAGGGCGAUAUCCCAUACACUAAAAAGAGCAAAUAUUGUCCUGAUUUAAAUUGAUAUAUCUGUAAAAAUUCCAAAGUAUUGAAGCUAAAUCUGUUAAAAGUUUUUAAAAGAUGAAAAUCUCGAAUCUCGUCUCUUUAAAGAGAUGAAGAAGAGUCUGGAGUUUUAUCUGUGUGGUGCUGUCACUACAAACAAACAACAAACACUUUCUGUUUGAUCAAAAACAUUUCAUUUGUAAAUAUUCUCCAUCAUUUUACUCAAUAUUUCUACUUAUUUUUAAUGUGGUCAAAAAGUUUUUUUUGAAAAUUUCUUAGACCAGAAUCAGUGAUGAUGUUUGAGCCAAACUCAUGUUCAGAGAUGCCACCAUUUUGUGUUUAAUGUGAUAUUUUUAAUGGGACUUUUGGGAGCUCAAGUUUGACCAGCAGGUGGCGCUAUACACCUGUUUUUGUAUAAAGCAGAACAGAGGUCAGAGGAGCAGAGAAUUCAACCACAAAAACCCAGAGAAAACCAGGACUAAACCAGGCCUAAACUAGAACUAAACUAGACCCAGGACUGAACCAGAAGUAAACCAGGCCUAAACCAAAACUGAACCAGGACUAAACCAGGUCUAAAACAGGAGUAAAUGUGGUUGAAAUGCCUUGUCUUUCUUGGCAGCUCACACAGGACACUUAGAGCUGGUUAGCCCUGUGCUCCUGCUCCUGUCUACACCUGUCUGCUUCUGUCUGCUCCUCUGCUGUUUGACCUGCAGGGGGCGCUAUAGGACCAACUUAAACCAUUCCACGUUGAUCGCUGCAAAAGGGACGGUUUAUUUCAAUUCAGAUCAGUUUUACACGGUAGACAUUUGAGGUGUUUCAUUACGAUUCCGUUUCUGUUUCUGAUUCUGUUCUGAGUUUUUAUAUUUCCAGUAACUUUUUGCAAAAGGAUUUUUUUUUUAAAGUUAAAGAAGGGGUAUUAUCAUGAGUGAGAGUUUAAAGCGGGGGUAUUAUCAUAAAUGAUUGUUUAAAGAGGGGGUAUUCUGCAAAAUGGACUUUUCUGAACUUUCUUCCAUGUUUAAUAUUGUUCCCUCAUCAGAAACAUGAAGAGGUUUUAGAUGUCAUCCAUGUUUGAAUAAUCUAGUGAUUUGUCCUAUUUUUGCCCUAUUUGCCCUAUUCAAAACCUCCUUACAGUUAGCAGUACAACCCUGUACAAGGCUCUGCCCACAAGCCUACAUCUCCCAUGCUCUCACGCAGCAGUUCUCCAUAAAUAUAAAAAACUGUACACAGCAGCUUGACAAACCUGAUGUGAUGUGCAGUAGUUUCAUUAGUGAGAUGCAGCUGAUUGUGUUGUAAUGUGUUGCCUGCGCUGAAAGGGGAGUGACUUAGCACAGAGAGCAAAAUAUGUGUUAUGUGUUACAGUUAAUACCUCCUCCUUAAUACCCCAUAGAAGUAAAAUACCCCCUCUUUAAACCCCCAUAGAAGUAAAAGGUGAGUAUUGAGCGUGUUUGUGGUGUUGUGGUGUAAAGUGCCUCUGGACGAUCUGACCGGGUGGAGCUCGUUUCUGGAUUCUUUCUUUUAAUGUUUUUAUAUUUGUACGUUUUUUUCUGACGAACAUUCCUCGUUUUUCAUCUGGAAUUUUGAAGCCGGAAACUCGUGGGACCAAACUCAGCACAAGCAGAUCGCUCACUGUGUCAAGACUUUACAAACCCUUUCAAUUUAAGAGCUACAAUAACUCCACACUUUUCACAGUAAAAGCAAAAAAGAGGAAACGAUGCAGCGACUUGUAUCUAAAGAGUUAAU